AUGGGUGGCAUUGGUAAGACUACUCUUGCUCGGAAUUUGUACGACGAUCCCUUAAUUGUUUCUCACUUCGACAAACGUGGCUGGACGACAGUUUUUGGCGAAGAAACUUGCCCAUCCGAACUCGAAAAUGUUGGGAAAAGGAUUGCGAAGAAUUGUUCGGGGCUGCCUCUUGCAAUUCAUGUCGUCGGAGGACUUCUUGCUCAGUUAAAUAGAUUCGAAAAAUCUUGGGAAAAUAUUGCGGAUGAAACCGUGUUUUCUUUAUAUGAGUGCAUUUCCAGAAGAUUGGAAGAGGCGGCGCAAUUUUACUUAGAUGAACUUGUCGAUAGAAAUCUUUUGUUAGUUAUAGCGAAGAAUUUAAAGGAUCCGCGAAAAGCUAUAAGAGUUUUAAGCGCGGAAGCAAUGGCUAUAUCUAAGGAAGCCGAGAAGCUCGUGAACUUGAGACAUAUCAAGUUUGUCGAUAUGUGUCCAUAUUUGGACAUUCCUUACGACGAAGACGAAGAAGAAGAUGGAGCGGUUCUUCUAGAAGAUCGUCAAACACUCUCCUCUGUAGCCAUUGAUGACACCUUCCCAAAGGCUCUUAAAGUAUUUCCAAACCUAAAGAAGUUGGGCAUUAAUUUUAUGGACAAAAUUGGAGGUUUUCCGAAUCUUGAAAUUCUGAGAUUGCGCAAGACCCUCUUCGAGAGCGCGGUGUGGGAGCCGAGGGAGGGGGGAUUCGACCGGCUGCGGCUGCUGCAAGUCCCUUUAGGCAUUGGAGACAUUCUGACAUUGCAAGUGAUCAAUGUGAGAAAAGAGAUCAGUCCUUCUGCUGUGGAGUCUUUGAGGAGAAUCCAAAAGGAUCAGAUUCAAUAUGGGAACCACAUACAAGUUUGCUUCUUCCCAUGA